UACAGCUGCAGCUACAUAUAUGGCCCUACUUACUUGGCUCUUCUUCCAUAUAUAUACGUCCAUUGCACCGGCGGCGGCUGCUACAAAGUCGGAGCUCGGAACACUCUUCCUCUUUUGUGCACAGCUCUUGUCUGUCUUCGCCGGUGCUUGCUUUGGUCGCUUUGUGCGAUUCGCUGCUGCUGUGAUUGAUUGUUCAUCCAUCUUCAUAGAGAGUUCGUUUGCAAUUGCAUGGGGUGUGUCUACUCCAAGGGGUCCAAACGACCUCCGGGAUAUGUGGAUCCCAAUAUCUUGGCUAAAGAGACUACGUUUUCUGUCAAUGAAGUGGAGGCCCUCUAUGAGCUCUACAAGAAGAUAAGCUAUUCCAUAAUCAAAGAUGGCCUAAUUCACAAGGAGGAGUUCCAGCUUGCUCUCUUCAGGAACAGCAACAAGAAGAAUCUUUUCGCCGAUCGGAUAUUUGAUCUGUUUGAUCUGAAGCGCAAUGGAGUGAUUGAUUUUGAGGAGUUCGUUCAGUCCCUCAGCAUUUUCCACCCAGAUACGCCGAUGGCAGAAAAGAUCGCCUUUGCAUUUCGGCUAUAUGAUCUGAGAGGUACUGGAUUCAUUGAACGCGAAGAGUUGAAGGAAAUGGUGCUGGCCAUCCUGAAUGAAUCAGAAUUACUUCUUUCUGACGACGCUGUCGAACAAAUUGUUGAUCAGACUUUCAAGCAAGCAGACAUGAACGAUGACGGGAAGAUAGAUCCUGAUGAAUGGAAGGUGUUCGCAAGUAAAAAUCCAGCUCUUCUAAAGAACAUGACGCUACCAUAUCUAAAGGACAUAACCAUGGCGUUUCCCAGCUUUGUUCUCAACUCUGGAGCUAGUGAUGAAGAGUUGUAGCACCCCCAUGCUCUCCAUAUAUUUCUCAGUGUGGGCAUGGGCAAUGGCCAAGCUGCAGCUGGGAAGGAACACUGGUCACUCAGUUGACUCAGGUUUCAGACAAACAGCAGCAGCGGCAACCUCCUGAAGGUGCAGGCACUACGUAUCAGUGAUUUGAAGGGUGAGAAUAGGAAUACCAGUGUGGCAACCUAGAGACAACGCACUGAAGGAUGCAACCAAGCUACUGUAUCUUUGGAAGCAGGUGGUUCACUUGAGGGCAUGGUUGUAAGGGACAGAAUGAUGAGUGCUAGGCCUUCCUCUUUCUUGAUUUCUCUUUAAUUCAUGAGGCUGUAAACUGGUAUAUGUGAAGUGGAUGAUUACUAACUGAUGAUGCUGCAGCACCAGCUUGUAACCACCUGUAAGCACUGGAGUCCCAUGGUCAACUUCUGUUGACUUGUAAAAGGAUGUAUAUUUUCAACUCACGUUUUCUGCAGAAUAGUAUGGACAACAGUUAUGAAUGUACUUAUUUAGAAA